AGUCAAGUCAAGUCAGACUGGCACUCGCAGUGUUUUUAUCAAACUCCGUGUUUAACUAACUUACUUUUCUCUUUUCUUUAGCUAGUUGAAGUUUUCAGAUUCUUCACUGAAGAAUAUUGAUUGUUUUUGCAGUUAUUUAUUCAUUCUUAAACAGCGGAGUCAAUGACUCUUUAAGGUGUAUUGUUCUAGUUGUAAUUUAAUUAAUUAGUUGGACCGUGGAAUUGGACAUGGAACGACAUACAUCGUAUGAAGUUCAGGCUCCGCAACCGGAGAUGAACAACAGUGUGAACCUAACGGUAGUCUUGCCACCUGAAGCUCCUCCAGUUCACUCUCUGCGCAUUGAUCCUCCAACCUUCCAGAUGUCUAUGUGUUCUCCUCAUCAAGUGUCAAUGGUUGAAGAUGACAUUCCGCCACCAAAAGCAGAUUUUUCUGCUCCACCUCCUUAUGACUUGGCAACAAAGUUGCCAACAUAUGAAGAAGUUCAACGUGAAAAGACUCUUCAAGGGGAACUUCCAUUGCCGAGGAGUAGUGCAGCUCACAGACCUCAGACCCUGGCCUUCCUUGCCAUUGACACAGACACAGUCGAGUCAGACGGGGAAAACAGUCUCCUCGGUACCGAUUUCAUGUUCUCUUUGGCAUUUUUUGUGGCAUUCCUGUUUAACUGGAUCGGAUUUCUCCUGCUGAUGUGCUUCUGCCACACAGUAGCAGCUCGCUAUGGAGCCCUGUCUGGGUUUGGCCUGUCUCUCGCUAAGUGGACUCUCAUAGUCAAACAGUCCACAGACCUUGCUUCUCAUGAGAACAGCUGGCUCUGGUGGCUUGUCAUGACAUUUGGACUGCUGAUCUGUGUCCGUGCCAUCAUACAGUAUCUAAACAUCAAGCGAGGCUGGAGGUUGUUGUCUGGCUCAGCUCAAGAACGGCUCCUUUUCUUCUACUAACUUUCUCUGUCUGCUAUGCUACCUCACCACUUCUUGUAAAUACCUAACACUUUCACCCAAAGUCAUAUUUGUUAAUACAUCACAGUUAAAAUCUUGCUGUACAUCUUGGUUCUUGGUUGUGAUAUUAUAAUUGUUAUGUAUUUGAUGUUCCCUGAGGAUCUAGAAACAAUGUUCAAGAUUUAGAUUUGAUUCGGCAGUUCAGCAAUAUAAGUUUAACUUAACAGUUGUAUCAAAUUUUUAAGUUUAGUGACUCUGAGAGACUGCUAAGGCUCACUUAUGAUUCUUACAAUGUCUAACGAAUUGAAAUUAAUAGCACAAUGUUGAGGUUACCAUCUUUGGAAUAAUUUGUUUAACGCCACAUCUAAUUAUAUUCAUAGUUUCUUUGGACUGAAUUUAGAUCUGUGGUAAUUAGGAUUUUAGGACUUGUCUUUUUUGUUAUAGGUUUUAUUUUUAUUAAACAUUGAAGUGGUUAUGUUGUAAUUUUGACUUGUAAGCUUUAAUCAACUUUGUCAAUUGAGAAUUGAUGCAUGAUUUGCACUGUCAAAGUAUAAACAGUUAUCCUAAAAAUGUUUCAUCCUUUUAUCAAUUUCUACUAAAUAUUGUUGAUUCUGGUUUGACAAAAUCAUUAAUUGAUGAAUGUAUAAAAGAGCCGCAUUUCUAUGAUGUUUGCUCCAGCCUAUUUUUAAUCAUGAUGAUAUCCCAACUUCAUUUUUGAAUUUUAUUUAUAUAGGUUGACUUUAGAACUUUUAGUUUAAUUUGAAAACUGACCCUUGCAUAUGAUCAAAUGAUCAAAAUUUUAUUGUACAGGAACAUGUGCUAAUCCUUUAUAUUUAAGUUGUAUUUUAAUAAGAUGGUUUGUACCACAUUACCUAGAAUAACUCAAUGGAAAGUGACAUAAUUAUAUACAAGUUUUAUAGAUGUGUGCUGCAAAUUUUUUAAUUUGAUUGUUGGUGAAAUAAUCAGAUUUUCAGCAUUUCUGCCUCCUUCACAUGUUUUAUGUUAUUUACUCCAUUGUAAUGUUAUUCUAGGUAGUGUGCUUGAGAGAAAUCUGUAUUGUAUUAAGCUAAGGCAAUAGGGAUUAGGCUGAAUAUUUAUAUAUUAUUUACACUUUAAAAUGUACUGUUAGUUAAGAGAGUGUAUAGCAUUUAGGACUGUUAAGUUGUAUUUAUUUAGAUCACACACUUUUGUUUUAAAUGAUUCCUGAAUACUUAGGUGUUUAAACAUUUGUUUGUAAAGUGUACAAAAUAUUCCAUUUGUGAAUGAUGCUUUUAGUUAAGUAUCGUGUAGAAAAUUAUAUAUUUUGUGUUGUUUUAUGCAAUAAAAAUUUAUAUUUGAAA